AUGAUGCUAUCUAAAAGCAUUUGGACAGGAGACAGUCAUUAUUUACAAGUAGAGACUUUGUACAGGUGCAGCUCGCAUCGACACCUUCCCGGUCCACGCUUUUUUGUCCGAGGAAACGCUUCAAUGCCGUGGGCUUCAAAUGGGGUACCGGGAGAGCAGGCUUAA